AUGGCUUCUUCAGCCCCAGAAACCGACUCAACCCCACCACCACCACCUCCUCCUCACAAACCCCCCUACCCCACCUCCCCCCGCCUCGACAUGCCCUUCGACCGCCGCCUCCUCCUAACCACGACGCUCUCCUUCCUCUCCGGCUUCACGCUGGGCUCCCUAUCCGCAGGCCACAUGGCCUCGCUGCGUUUCCGGGCGGAAAACGCGCACCGGCUGCCGACAUCCAACCCGGGCUGGUAUCUCUACCACAAGUCGAAAAACUACUACAAGUGGCGGUACGGCAUCGUCGAGGGGCUCCGCAAGGGCACGUACAUUGCAGCGUGGAGUAUGGUGUUUUUCGUCGUCGAGGAGAGCCUGGAUGUUUUCCGCGGUACAUGGAGGGCGGGCCGCACGAUGCAGGAGAUGGAGGGCGUGGAUGAGCUGGAUUUGAAGAAGAUCGAGAGGGGCGUUAGUGGGAGUAGGGAUUUUGUUAGUAGUGCGCUCGCGGGCAUGGUGACGGGCGGCGUGUGGAGUGCGUGGCAUCAGUUUCCGGUUUCGACGGCUGCGCGGACGAUUCGCUUGGGGUUGUUGGUUGGGUUGGGGUUUGGCUUGGGGCAGGAUGGCUUGGUUUGGGCAAAGGCGAGGUGGGGCGGGGGAAAGGAGAGUGAGAGUUGGAUUUAUAGGGGGGCGAGAAAUAGGAGGAUUGACGAGGACGUUAGGGUGAGCUUGGAGAAGGAUUGA